GGUCGGCACCGACACUCGCCGAGCUGCUCUCAGAGCUGCUCUGCCUCAAUUUCAGAUCGAUCACAAAAAGAUCCAACCUGCCCGUCUGUGGAGGCGGCUGUGGAGGGGCCGCGUAGGCAGCCGGCGAGCGUGAGCAGCAACGUCACCUCCCGGCCGGCGGCGCGACAAAGCCAGCGACACAGGCGGGCGCUGCUGCAGCGACGGCAGCCGUCGUCGCGUUUGGCCAUCACGUACACAUGGAGGUAGAGUGGCAGCACGAGGAGGCGGCCGCGGCAGCGGCCGCAGCGGCGGCGACAGCAGGAGCGGCGGCGGGUACGCAACCUGCGCCGCAGCAGUCUCCCGCGUCAGCACCAACAGCAUCAGCACUACCACCAGCAUCAGCAGCAGACAAGCUCGGCAGCGCAGCCGCCCCUGCUGCCGCCGCCGGCGCCGCCCCAUCGCCAUCAUCGCAUUCCCCGGCAUCGCGCGGCACACCGCCAGCAGCAGCAGCAGCAGCAGCAGCAGCUGCGGAUCCAGAGGCCAAGCCGCCGCCGCCCUCAGCCGCGGCGCCGCAGACGCCGCCGCACCGACCCAGCCCGCCACCUCCCACGUCUUCAUCCCCACCCUCACCCAGCCCUGGCACCGCCACCACCUCUGCCACCAACAACAGCAACAAUAACAAUAACAUCUUCGACAAAACCCAGCCGUUGCCGCAGCCGCCCACAGCCGCCCCCGCUUCCAGCAUGCGGCCGACGGCACCGCCGCCAAUCUCAACCACCGGCGGCGGCGGCGGCGGCUGCUCGGCGGCGGCGGCACUGCCUGCGGCGGCGCCGCAUGACGCCGCCCAGACGCACGGCGCUGGAGCUGUAGCAGGCGGCGGCGGCGCGGGAGUCGGCAGUAGCAGCAGCGGCAGUGGCGGUAACGGCGGCAGUAGCGGCGGCAGUAGCAGCUCGGCUGGCGGUGGCAGUGGCGGUGGCGGCGGCGGCGGUCCCACCACUCCGCCGGCAUCGACGCCGCCGCCGUCGAGUCGCCCCUCGGUGCCGCCAACGCAACAGCAACAGCAACAGCAACAGCAACAGCAACAGCAACAGCAACAGCAACAGCAACAGCAACAGCAACAGCAACAGCAACAGCAACAGCAACAGCAACAGCAACAGCAGCCGGCGCCGGGGACUAGUGCAGGGCAGCGCGCGCCAACGGCGGCGGCGGGACUCGCCCCUGAUGACUCACCGCAGGCACGACCCACAUCCGUACCCGCACCCGCCCGCAGCAGCGGCGGUGCUACAGCCACCACCACCUCUGGCUCCACCUUCCCCACUGCCCUUGCCCCUGCCGCCGGAGCCAUUGGCGGCAGCGGCGGCAACAGAACCGCCGGGGCGGAAGGUCUCGGUGGCAGUAGCACGGCCGGCGGCGGCGGCCCCGACGGUUCCCCUCAGCCGCAGCGCCCGCCGCCGCAAGAGCAGCAGCAGCCACAGCGGCCGCAGCAACAGAAGCAACAGCAGCCGGAGCCGUCGCCGCCACAGGAGCAGCCACGCCAGCCCGCCGCCGCCGCCGAGCAACCGGACGCGGCGCGGCAGAUCCUGAACGAGCUACUGUUGAGCCGCGGCGGCGGCGGCGGCGGCGGCGGCAAUGCAGGCGGCGGCGGCGGCGGCGACGGUCCAGCCACCGGCGACAGUGACAUGGCAACUGCCGCCGCGCCGUCUGCUCUUCAUGGCGCUAUUGGCGCCGGCGCUGGCGCUUCUGGGCCGGCAGCGGCGGGCCCUGCGGGCAGUGGCGGCGGCGGCGGCAGCGGCGGCGGCGGCGGCGGCGGCCAGCUGCCGCCAAGCGGCGAGGCGGAGACGGCGCGGGGGACACUGCGGUGGCGGCUGGACUCGGCGGGUGGCGGCGAGCUGACGUGGGAUUUCAAGUCCCCAGACGCCCCGGCAAGCUCCCAACCGGAGCAGCCACAGCCCGGCGGCGGGCCGGCCGGAGCUACAGCCGGCGGCGGCGGCGGAGGCAGCCCUAGCGGCGGCAGCCCGAGCGGCACUCCUGCCGCUGCCACCCGCGACGCCGGAGCAGCCGGCACCGGCACCGCCACCGCCACCGGCGGCGCGGCCGCUCCCAGCCCUGCUACAGCCGCUACAGCCAGACCUGCCGCCGGUGGCGGCGGCACUGGCGGCGCCGACGGCGGCACUGCUGGUACCGGCCCCAUCGGCGGCAGUAGCGGCAGCGGUGGCAGUAGCAGCGCCCUCCCCGGCGGCGCCGCCGCCGCCACACCCUCCGGCAUCCCAUCAGGAGCGCGAGCAGGAGUCUUUGGUGCCCCUGGCGGCAGACUUGCUACAGCUCUGGGGCCGGGUGCUACUGCUGCUGCUGCGACGCAGCCUCAGCCUGCGGCAGGCGGCGCCGAUGCUGGUCCGGCUGCGCCACACCAGCCUGCGCCUGGUACGGUUGGCGGUGAUGCAGGCGACCGCGCCGGCAUGGGUGGAGCUGCACGUGCUGCCGCUGCGGCUGCGACUGGUCCAGCUGCAGAUGGCCCUCCUGGUUCGGCAGGUGGUGUUGCUGGCAUGGACGUGGAUGGUGGCGCCGGAUCAGCUGCUGGUGCUGGCGGCGGUGGCGGCGGCCUAGGGCUGCCCACCUCCCAGCUGCCGCCGCAGCCGCCGCAGCCGCCGCAGCCGCCUUCCACCGCCCUGGCGCCGCCGCUGCAGCUGUCCCGCGAGCCCUCCCUGGGCCACUACUUCGACCACUUGCUGCCACCAGCCGUAGGCGGCGGCGGCGGGGCGGCGGCCGCAGCAACAGGGGCAGUGGCAGCGGCGGCGGCGCCGCCACCGCCGCCCCUGGCGCCGCCGGCCUGGUCUGGUCUGGGGCUGGGACCGGGGCCGGGUCUGGGCCUGCCUUCUAGCGGCGGCGGGCCCGGCGGCGGUGCGGCUGCUGCUCCGGAGCCGCCGCCGCCGCCGCCACGGCCACCGCCGCCGUACGACAGCGGUACGACCUCGCCAACCGCUGGCUUUAUUGGUGGCGGCGGUGGUGCUGGAGGUAGAGUAGGAGGCGGCGUUGAUGGCGGCGGUGGCGGUGCAGAGGGAGGCGGUCGCAGUGGGGGCGGCGACGGUGCGCGCGGUGGUGCAGACGGAGGUGACGUGGAUGGGAGUGGCGGCAGUGGCGGCAGCGGUGGCGGCGGUAGUGUCGCCAGUGGCGGCGGCGGUAGCGGCAGUGGCGCCAGUCGGGCACUGUCCGCCUCCAUCCGGCACCCCGGCGGCACCACCAUCACGCUACAGCUGCCGCAGGGACAGCAACAGCAACAGCAACAGCAACAGCAACAGCAACAGCAACAGCGACAGCAACAGCAACAGCAACAGCAACAGCAACAGCAACAGCAACAGAACGCCGGCGGCGGCGGCGGCGGCGGCGGCGAUAAACCCACCGACACGGCGCUCGAGCCGCCGCCGCCACCGCCAUGCCAGGCGCUGCGGACCGGUGUGGCAGACAACAUGCACGACUUCGCACCGCCGCCGCCAGCCGCUACGGCGACGGGCUUUGCCGCCGGCGGCGUUCCGCCGCCGCCCCGGACGCCGCCGCCCUCUCCUAUGCUGGUGGACGGCGGCGGCGGUGCUGCUGGCGGCGGCGGCAGUGGGCCCGGCCCUGCCGGCGGCGGUGGCGGGGCUGGAGGUCCCGGUGGCGGUGCUGGGUACGUGCCGUCUUCGUCGCUCAUGCAGCAACAGCAGCUGCAGCAGCCACAACAAACGCAGCAACAACCGCAACCAAACCCCUUCAGCAGCACGGCGCCGCCGCCGCCGCCCGCCACCGCGCCAACCCCUGCACCCACGCCGCCAGCGGCUGCAACUUGGGCGGCGGCGGCGGCCCCGUUUCCGGCUACGCAGUUCCCGCCUGCGGCGCCCGCGCCCUGCACGUUGCUCAGCAGCUCUGCAGCUGACCCCUUUAUCGAGGCGCCAUCGGGUAGCAACACGCCUGUCGGAAUUGGGAGCGGCGGCGGGGCUGCGGGAGAGUGGGCAGGUGGUGUGCAGCAGCAUGUGUUUCAGCAGCCCCUGGCGGCGGGGAGUGGCGGGGGCGUUGGUGCCGGUGGUGGCGGCGAAAAGCGCGUUGACGGCGGCGGCGGCGGCGGCGGCGGCGCGUUCGUCCUGCCCUCGGCGGCGUUGGCGGCGGCGCUGUCGCCGGCGGAGGUGGCGGCAGUGCAGGCGGCGGCGGCGCUCAUGCAGCGCGGCGCCGACCCGGCGGUGGCGGGCCUGCCGCCACAGGCCGCCGCCAUCGCUCUGCAGGCGGCGGCGGCGGACCAGCAAGCCCUGGCGGCGGCCGCCGCCGCCGCCGCCGGCGCUGCCGGCGGUGCUGCUAGUGUCAAUGGUGCUGCUGGGGCGCAGUUGCCUCUGGCGGCCCCGUCUCCAGCGGCCCCGUCUUCAGCGGCUGCUUGGGGCGCAGCUCCUGCCGCCAUGGCGCCUGCGGCGGGCCCGCCUGCGUUCCUGCCAUCUGCUGCGGUGACGCCGCCUGGCUCGACGGCCGCAACAGGGCUGCUGCCGCCGGAGGCGGCGGCUGUGUACCCGGCGGCGGCAGAGGCGCCGCCGCCGCCGACCGCUUUCAGUGCACCCCAGCGGUAACAGGUAGGUAAAAUGCAGAGCGACGGACUGGACAACAUCGGAUGCGGCGGCGGAGCGGAGAGACGUCCGUACAUCAGUCCGCUGCUGUUGGUUGGGUGGUGGCCGCGCUGUUGUCCUUUCGACUGCAACCUCCUCGAACUCCUGGGCCGACGAUGUCGGGCGAUGUGGGGAUGGGUUAGGCAUUGAGUCGCUCGCGCGUGUGUUGAGGGCUGUGCCUAGGUGGUUGCGUGACACGGGACCGUGGCUGUGAGCCUGGCGGUAGACACUAGACAGCAAAGCAGCGGGCAAUUGUACACGCUUGACUAGCCGUUCAUUGGGGGCGUCGAGGCUGUCCCCUUUCCUCCCCUUCUCGUGAAAUGUCUGUGUGUGUGGACGCCAGAUGGCAGAUGCUACCAUGUGCGUGCUCGUUGAGUUGAUGGCAGUCGGAAACUACUCUGUGAGGCGCGCGUUCAUACGCUCCCCAUAUGAACUGCGACCAAGGGGGUGGGAAAUUUGGCAGACCCGGCCAAUCUAGGUAAGGGGGUAAAGGGGGUCGGUCACCAAUCUGACGUGGUUCGGCCAACUAAACUAUUGCAAGCGCCGUUCGCGGUUCGCCAACCCGACGCGCGCGUUCACAGUACUACAACCAGGGACAAGGGGUGUCAGCUUUGUACAGCUGGAAAAUGGGCUGAGCCCCGCAGCAUCAGGGAGGACUGAUUGCAUUCGGUAUCGGUAGACGGAAAAUUUCCAUGUCUAU